CCGAGUUUUAUCUGUUUUUUCUUGACCAGAGCACAGAAAAUUUGACCAUCAUAAGAAAACGAAGUAGAACAAGAUGUAAAACAUCUAGUAUUGACAACACCUUUCCGUUUGUCAUGCAAUUAGUUAAAUUGUUUGUCAUCUUCCUGUCUUUGGUUCACUGACGAGAAAUUUCUUUCUUGGACGCGACAAUUACCUGCGUAAACAAAAAUGGACGGAUCAGGACAGAACUUUGCUUCCUAUGGGAGUGGACUUACUCCCCAGCACCAACAGAGUCCAAUGAUGUCGCCUGCAGCUUUGAGCAGUUUUUCUCUUGGAGCCACUCCAAACCCAGUAAUGCCACCAUCAAAUGCAAGUUUGUACCCCCCUCAAACCCCAGUGGCCCCUAUGACACCAGGAGUACCUGUCACCCCUGGAGGGCCCCCAAUAACUCCAGGAGGGCCUAUGACACCAGCAACCCCAGCAUCAGAAGGUGGAGCUGGAAUGGUCCCCCUUAGACCACAGUUACAAAAUAUUGUAUGCACUGUAAAUCUUGGAUGUAAACUGGAUCUGAAGAAGAUCGCUCUUCAUGCAAGAAAUGCAGAAUACAAUCCAAAACGAUUUGCUGCCGUUAUCAUGAGGAUACGAGAACCCAGGACUACAGCACUCAUAUUUAGUUCAGGGAAAAUGGUCUGCACAGGAGCAAAAAGUGAGGAUCAGGCAAAACUUGCAGCAAGAAAGUAUGCAAGAAUUGUUCAGAAGUUAGGAUUUGCUGCAAAGUUUUUGGAUUUCAAGAUUCAGAACAUGGUUGGAAGCUGUGAUGUAAAAUUUCCUAUAAGAUUAGAGGGUUUGGUUUUGACCCAUGGUCAGUUCUCCAGCUAUGAACCUGAAUUAUUCCCAGGACUGAUAUACAGAAUGGUGAAGCCUCGUAUUGUGUUACUUAUUUUUGUCUCAGGAAAAGUUGUACUCACAGGAGCCAAAGACUGGGAGUAUACCAUGAGGAGAGAAAUGCAGGAAAUUAUACCUAAUCUCUACUUAGGUCCAUAUGCUGCAGCAAACAAGAACAAGUUACGCUAUCUAGAAUCCAUGGGAAUAACUGAUAUUGUAUGUGUAAGACAUGCUGCUGAGGCUAAUUUCAUCAAACCAAACUUUCCAGACAAGAUGAGAUACUUGGUCCUAAAUGUUGCAGAUGUUUAUACAGAAAAUAUUAUUCAGUAUUUUCAAAAGGUGAAGGCAUUUAUAAAUGAGAGUUUUGCAAGAAAUGGUAAAGUUCUUGUCCAUGGAAAUGCUGGGAUGUCUAGAAGUGCAUCACUAGUGAUUGCCUACAUCAUGGAGAAAUAUGGCCUAUCUUAUAGGGAUGCAUUUGUCCAUGUCCAGCAGAAGAGGUUCUGUAUUAACCCAAAUGAGGGAUUUGUACAACAAUUAAAUGAAUAUGAGCCAAUGUACAGAGCAAGACUCAGUUUUGAACACAAUUAUACCCCUCUAGAAAGUGGAAUGUUAAAGAGAAAAUACUCGGAGGAUAAUGAGUCUCCACAAGACAGCAUGAUGAUACUACCUACUUGACCAUUGUCAGACUGUAUUCUGAAGUUAUUGUCAGUAUUUCCCCAUAAAUGGACAAGAAGAAUAGAUUUUCCUUGUGGACUCUCAGUAACCAGUCAGACAGAUCUACAGAGUGAAUGCAUGAUUUUUACCUUUCUCAGGCAUUUGAAACAUUGUAAUACAUGUACAUGUGUACAUUGUUUUCAUGAUGGCUUACUUUUGCAUGUACUCCUUACUACAUUAUAAUUACUGCAGCAUAUUGUUAUCAAAUCUUUUACCAUGUUAAAUAUAUGUAUAUUUAAAAUUUAA